UCCAGCCCCGGCCUCGGCGCGCGCCCGGCCCCGACUUGGAUCUCCGAUCCCAGAUCCCUGAUCUCCGGUCUCCGAUCCCGAUCCCAGACCCCCAUUCCCCACCCGACCUCGCCUCCUGCUGCGCCACCGAGGGACCCGGCCCCGAGCUCGGCCGCUGGCCGCCGGCCCUGCCCCGAGGCGAGAUGAAUGACUUUGGGCUCAAGAAUAUGGACCAAGUAGCUCCUGUGGCCAACAAUUUUCGAGGGACACUCAAGCGCCAGCCCGCCUUUGACACCUUCGAUGGCUCUCUGUUCGCUAUGUUCCCCUCUCUCAGUGAAGAGCAAACACUCCAAGAAGUGCCAACGGGCUUGGAUUCCAUUUCACAUGACUCCGCCAGCUGCGAGCUGCCUUUGCUGACCCCCUGCAGCAAGGCCGUGAUGAGCCAGGCCUUAAAAGCCACCUUCAGCGGCUUCCAGAAGGAGCGGCGGCGGCUCGGCAUCCCCAAGAACCCCUGGCUGUGGAACGAGCAGCAGGUGUGCCAGUGGCUUCUCUGGGCCACCAACGAGUUCAGCCUGGUGAACGUGAACCUGCAGCGGUUUGGCAUGAACGGCCAGGUCCUGUGCAACCUUGGGAAGGAGCGUUUCCUGGAGCUGGCGCCGGACUUUGUGGGCGACAUUCUCUGGGAGCACCUGGAGCAGAUGAUCAAAGAAAACCAAGAAAAGACAGAAGAGCAGUAUGAAGAAGACUCCCACCUCAACGCGGUCCCUCAGUGGAUUAACAGCAACACCUUAGGUUUUGGCGUUGAACAGGCUCCAUAUGGGGGAAUGCAGACAUCAAGUUACCCCAAAGGCGGCCUCCUGGACGGCAUUUGUCCAUCCACCAUGGCGCCCGGGGUGCUGAGCUCUGAGCAGGACUUUCAGAUGUUCCCCAAGUCCCGGCUGAGCACCGUCGGUGUUAACUACUGUUCCGUCGGCCAGGACUUCACCGGCAGCAACUUGAAUUUGCUCGCCAGCAGCUCUGGGAAGCCCAAAGAUCACGACUCACCCGAGAAUGGCGGGGACAGCUUUGAGAGCUCAGAGUCACUGCUGCGCUCCUGGAACAGCCAGUCCUCCCUGCUGGACGUGCAGCGCGUGCCCUCUUUUGAGAGCUUCGAGGACGACUGCAGCCAGUCCCUGUGCCUAGGCAAGCCGACCAUGUCUUUCAAGGACUACAUCCAGGAGCGCAGUGACCCGGUAGAGCAGGGCAAACCAGUCAUCCCUGCAGCCGUGCUGGCCGGCUUCACAGGAAGUGGACCCAUCCAGCUGUGGCAGUUCCUCCUGGAGUUGCUCUCCGACAAGUCGUGCCAGUCCUUCAUCAGCUGGACUGGGGACGGAUGGGAGUUCAAGCUCGCUGACCCCGAUGAGGUGGCCCGCCGGUGGGGCAAGCGGAAAAAUAAGCCGAAGAUGAACUACGAGAAGCUGAGCCGGGGCUUACGCUACUAUUACGACAAGAACAUCAUCCACAAGACAUCGGGCAAGCGCUACGUGUACCGCUUCGUCUGCGACCUGCAGAACUUGCUGGGGUUCACACCUGAGGAGCUGCAUGCCAUCUUGGGGGUCCAGCCUGACACAGAGGACUGAGGUCCCGGGACCGCCCUGAGCCCACCCCGGCAGUGGGGAGUGGGAAGCCCGUCUUGUCUGGCUGCUCCAAGGACCCCUGAAAGGCGUCCAGGAAAGUCACUGAGAAGCAGCGGCCUCAUUUCAUCCGACAAUGCGCCUCUUGUGUCAAGGCUGCACCCCCACCGCAGCAACAGACUCUGCUUCUCGACUCUGGAGUCUCCAGGCGGGCAGUGCCACUGUGGAGCAGUGGCAGCUGCAAGGGCUUCAGGAGGCCAGCCUGUGUCUGCCCCGCCACACCACGCCCCCUCGAGGCGAGGUGCCCCCACUGCUUGGAGAUUCUCCAAGGAGGGAGCACGUCUCGGAUGCACAGCCUUUGACUCGCGGAAUUUUGGACUUUUGCAAGGAGGAUCAGUAAACGCACACAAACCAGCUCUAUUGGAGAGGGAUGGGGGGCGGUGGGAAGGAAACCAGCGAUGCCGUGUCACGAGUUUUGUAUAUAUUAUUGUAAUCUUUAUGAUUGCUAUUGGAACCCUCAUACUGUUCUAUUUAACAGAAAUUGUAUAUUGUAUUUAAAGUAAUUAUGUAACUAUUUGAAAUAAGAAUGCAGACAUUCACUAUUUUAUUGCAUUUUUCAGCACACACACGAGCGGCAUUUUACGGAGAUUUAAUCUGCCAGCGUGGCAAAUGAAAAGCAUUGUAAAGUGUGAUAUUUUCAUAUAAGAUACCUAUAGGAAUAUGAUCCGCAGGGCUCGGCCCUGGCCUUCUGUUCUUUUGUUGUUUCAUGUUUGUUUUGCCUUGGCUGUUAUCUGGCAAAGACUUUGUACAUUUGGGGAUUUUUAUAUAUAUAUAUAUAUAUAUAUAUGUAUAAGAAACGUAAUGUUAUUAUCUCAAGGUGGAGAGGAUGCCUGGCCUCUCUGUUUUCUCCUUUAAUUGUAAAGUAAAAGCUAUAAGCAGUAUUUUUCUUGACAAAUGGCAUAUGUUUUCCACUUUUCUGCAUGCCUUUCAAUCAGUUUGUACACAGAUGUCUUUUAUUUUUUGGUGUUUCCCGUGUCUUUCCCCGCCAGCUCACCUCUCCCUAGCCAACCGUUUCCAUUCCAUGCUCACGUUACUCUGUGAUUAAAAUAAGAAUACUAUUUUUGGAAAUACUCGACUCCUUCUCAGAGAUCAGGAGGGAUUUGUGUAGCAGCUAUUUUUACUGCAAAAGUAAUUCACUGGAAAAAAAUGUAAUUUGUAUGAAAGCUUUAUUUUUAUCUCAGCUCUGUGUAAAGUUUGAGUGCUGGACGGGGGAGGGGGAUGGGAGGGGUCACCGUUAAACUCUGGACCGCAGUGAACGAGGCAUGGCUUGGGCCAUCUGGACCGAAUGCCCUGCUUUCCAGUUCGUGUCUUCAGCCAGAGGCUGUUUUGGGGGCUUGGAGUUUUGUUUUUCUUCCCAGUUUUCCUGGACACAGAACACCCAGAGGCACAGAAAAAACCAGACAGGCAAGAAUUCCUAGUGGUCCCCUGGAGGAAAAGAUUCCUUCGAUCCAGCUCAGGAGCACUGAAGUCCACCGUGUGUGUAGUUCUGACCUUUUGAAAAGGUCAAAUCCCUCCAGCUUCCAAGUGGGACAGACUUUACUACUUCCUGGCAAACUGGCUUCCGACAUCUCCAAAGACUCAAGAGUCGUCAUGGGAUGAGACUGUGGAAUGGGUCCAGGGUGACCCGGAGCAGCGGAGCCAGCCCUGGGCUGACAGCCUACGUGUUCAGAAGCAGUGUGCUGAAGCACGGGGUGUUUUUUCUGAGUGGGACUUAUUUAUGACUGGGACAUCUGUUUACAAUAUAAGCAGACGUGUGACGGGGACAUCUUGCUGCCAGGAGAAAGCGUUAGCCAUCAGCUCGAUUUAAUAUGAGUUUGAACAGCAUGAUGUUGCCGGUUCGAGGCUGCUUUUUAUCAGCCUAGGUGGCAGCUUAAUGUAGUGCGACCUGAUGGCUUUGGAAACGGGGAGCCUUUGACGCAGUCGCGGGCAGAUCUGAAGUAUGGAAAGUUUUGUAACCGGGCCUUUCUGAAAUAAAGCAUUUGCUUUAUGUAAAGGACA